AUGUUAUUUAAUGCUAGAGAAUUGCUAGAUUCUGGCGAAGGUAAGACUUACACUAAAAACAAUGAAAAUAAACCUGAACAAAUCUCUACGAAAAUAAUCCCGCAGUUUUCACAAAAAACAGAAUUUAAUUCUAAAUCAGAACUUCCUGGUACUUAUUUUGUCCAAUCCAAAUCACCUCUUCCAUCCGAAAAUCAAUCACAACUAUCUCAAGUUCAACCACAAGGUUCUUUAAAACCAUUGAAAAGAGUAUCUUCAACAACUAACGAAAAUACUAAGAAGAUUAAAAAUGGAGUAUUGAUUAAUCCUAAACAAGAAUUACAGGACAAUAAAUUUUCUCAAACAACACAAAAUAAAUUACCACCGUCUCAAAUGGCGUCACAAUCAUCUUUAGAAUUAUUGAAUAAAGGUCCUACAACACCUAAUAAAAAUACUUUGGUUAUUGAAGAUUCUAAGCCGUUUGAUUCUCAAUUACAAUAUCYAAACGGUUUGUCUCUUCCGCAAACACAAAAUGAAUUGAAUUUACCACAAUCUUCACAUUCAGCUCCUYUUGUCUCAAAUCAAUUACCRCUAUCUCAAAUACCAUCACAUUCGUCUUCGGAGUUAUUGAACAAAGAACCUCCAUCACUUAAUAUACAUUUUAUGCAGAAUCAAAAUGACAAUGUGCCUUUAAAUUCCUUAUCAGAAUUUCCAGAUGACACAUCAAAGCCAUUUACUAGCAAUGUUGCACAAAGCGAAAAACAUUUGAUAGAUAGUUUACAAACAGAUUUGAAAAAAAUUUUAAAUCCUGAAAUUAAUGAUAAUCUUUUGAAAAAAGAUAAUUCACAAUUAGAAUUGAAUGAUACACCGCCACAAUUACUAAUGGACAAUACGCAAGUAGGAAAUGAUCCACAACAAGGUGGUUUAAUAAAAGGUAUCAGUGAAAUUCCUCAACCAACGCAAAAUAAAUUACCACUGUAUCAAAAGGCGUCACAAUCAUCUUUAGAAUUAUUGAAUAAAGGUAAGACUUACACUAAAAACAAUGAAAAUAAACCUGAACAAAUCUCUACGAAAAUAAUCCCACAGUUUUCACAAAACACAGAAUUUAAUUCUCAAUCAGAACUUCCUGGUAAUUAUUUUGUCCAAUCCAAAUCACCUCUUCCAUCCGAAAAUCAAUCACAACUAUCUCAAGUUCAACCACAAGGUUCUUCAAAACCAUUGAAAAGAGUAUCUUCAACAACUAAUGAAAAUACUAAGAAGAUUAAAAAUGGAGUAUUGAUUAAUCCUAAACAAGAAUUACAGUACAGUAAAUUUCCUCAAACAACACAAAAUAAAUUACCACUGUCUCAAAUGGCGUCACAAUCAUCUUUAGAAUUAUUGAAUAAAGGUCCUACAACACCAAAUAAAAAUACCAUGGUUAUUGAAGAUUCUAAGCCGUUUAAUUCUCAAUUACAAUAUCCAAACGGUUUGUCUCUUCCGCAAACACAAAAUGAAUUGAAUUUACCACAAUCUUCACAUUCAGCUCCUCUUAUCUCAAAUCAAUUACCACUAUCUCAAAUACCAUCACAUUCGUCUUCGGAGUUAUURAACAAAGAACCUCCAUCACUUAAUAWWCAUUUUAUGCAGAAUAAAAAUGASAAUGUGCCUUUAAAUUCCUUAUCAGAAUUUCCAGAUGGCACAUCAAAGCCAUUUACUAGCAAUGUUGCACAAAGUGAAAAAUAUUUGAUAGAUAGUUCACAAACAGAUUUGAAAAAAAAUUUAAAUCCUGAAAUUAAUGAUAAUCUUUUGAAAAAAGAUAAUUCACAAUUAGAAUUGAAUGAUAYACCGCCACAAUUACUAAUGGACAAUAMGCAARUAGGAAAUGAUCCACAACAAGGUGGUUUAAUAAAAGGUAUCAGUGAAAUUCYUCAACCAACRCAAAAUAAAUUACCACUGUMUCAAAAGGCGUCACAAUCAUCUUUAGAAUUAUUGAAUAAAGGUCCUACAACACCUAAUAAAAAUACCAUGGUUAUUGAAGAUUCUAGGCCGUUUAAUUCUCAAUUACAAUAUCCAAACG